AUGGACAGACAAGGCAAGCGCGACGUACUGUACAUGUACGCAUACGCAUACGCAGCACGGUACCAAGGUAGUGCAGCAGCACAAGGAGGUCGCGCGGAAAGGACGGGGCAGAUCCGGCGCCUCCCUUGUUUCCGAAUUGCCGUGACGUGUGAGGAGGCAGCAGCAGCAGCAGCAGCAGCAGCAGCAAGCACCAGACUCAGCAGGGACAGAAGCAGCAGCAAUAGUCCGAGGAAGGAGCAGCAAGAGGAGGAGGCGGAGGCCAGGAGGAGGGGGGAGGGAUGGUGA